GAUUACCUUUCAAAAUUCGCCAAUGGAACACGCCUGCCCUUGUCAAAGGUUCCCAGACCUUUAUCAACUAGCGGAAAUUACCGGUGGUUCGAUAGCAAGUAUUUGGUUGACGACUAAUAGCGAAACUUGCGGGUCGGGGUGUAUCGUUUGGUGUUUGGAAGAUCACAAAGACUCUGAGAACACUUACGUUCACAUGUUGCUCGUAUCAUCCUCAGUGCCAACUAUCUCAAGUCGCUCAGGAAGAAUUUAUCGUCAGGUACCUCGGAUCUAUCAUUCAGUGACUUCCCAGCCAACGCAAUGUAAUCAUCAGCGUAUCGGCAAAAUGCAGGGUGUUUGCAAACACAAUGAGCCUGAGGAUUCCACCCAACUAAUACCCUGGAUUCGAACCUCUGUUAACCGCCGGUUUCUAAACGAAGUGAAUCAACGACUACGAGAAUGUGCGCGUGAAUGUGCACGCGCUACGGCGAACAGUCACUGGCUUUCUUGGUCCUCUGUUGCAAUCCCUCUGGCCAAGUUGAUGAAGGGACGCGAGGUGUUGGCCAGGAGACGCACUGAUGGGCACUUUUACCUGGGGGUCAUUCACCAUGUGCAACGUACUCCCGUCGGGGAUAGAGUACUGGUUCAAUUCGGCCCAUUCCGUAGAGCUGGUGGAACGCGAUGUGGCACCAAAGACGUUCGCGUCUGCUCGGAUCAGUAUCAGUACGAGUCCAUCGACAUUACAGACGUGAUCGACCUGAAGCACGCGCUGCGCCAUCCGAUCGCGUUAAAUGACAAAGUGUUGGUGCCGGAAUUGUGGCCUCUUCCGGUCUGCGCAUCUCAUCCGUCGACGCAGUGCAGGCGCAUGAUUCAUGCUCGAUAUCAACCGGGAACUGUGGUCAGCGGAGGCGAGAGACGGAAUGACGAAGGUAAAGGAACUUUUACCCCCCCCCCCAGUGUAAUGUUAACCGCCUACCAUCUGAUAUCGGUGGUUCGGUGA